GAAAAGUCCAGAAUCAGCCUCACACCUAUGCGCCUGGAAAAACAGGUUUAUGGGUCUUAAAUAGGGUGCACAGACCAAGGCAAAACAAUAAAUGGCGAUAUACCUUUAAAGGCUUUGGUAAUAGUAUAGUUAUUUUCCCGUGUGUUUUUAAGAUGAGGAUGUAUCUGUUGUUUGUGUAUCUGGUUGUGCUGCCCUAUGGGGGCAUAGCCGUAGCCAAUUUUUCCGGCUGCAAUAGCCCAGAAGUUGUACAUAUUGCAGAAGAAGCCUUGGAACAAAUGAAUCAAGAUCGGACCCAAGGAUACAUUCUGGGCUUCAACAGACUGUAUGAUUUCUCACAUACCCCUGAAAAGAACAAAGGGGAGUCUCUCUAUAAACUGAACAUUGAUGUCAUUGAGACUAAAUGUCACAUCAUCAGCAGUAAACCAUGGAAACAAUGCGAAAUUCGAAGCGUUGGUUCUGUUCCUGUAUACGGGGAGUGUCAAGUGUCUGUUUAUGUUGACACACAAGUCAGACUUCAAAGUUACUCCUGUGCACUUCGUGAAGUUCCAGCCACUGAAGUGUUGGACAUGUGUCCAGACUGCCCCAUAGCUGAGAAUGUGAAUGAGCCGGUCAUCAAGGACAUUGCACAUCUCUCCCUGCUGAGGUUCAAUGAAGAGCGCCACUUUGCCCACUACUUUACACUGGAGAAUAUUACAAGGGCCAGUAUACAGUGGGUUGUGGGGCCAUCCUACUUUGUUGAGUUCACCAUUGUACAGACGGUUUGCCUCAAAAAAACAGAAGACAUUGAACUGGGCAACUGCCCACCAAUGGACCGUCAGUUUGCCCACCGAGGCUUCUGUUUGAGCUCACACUUGGAGGAUGUAGAUGAUGGUGGUUUCAGAUUCAGUGGUGGGAAGGAAUUCCAGAACAGGAAGAUUGUAGAUGUGAAGUGUGAGAUCUUUGAACCUCAGUCAGCUGUUGGGCAUCAGCACCAUAACCAAACAAACUUAAACCCCCAUGAGCUAAUGAACUCAACCAUACCCGGCUCAAGUCAAGGUAUCUCCACAGCCAAAGGCCUCCUGGGGUUUGUGAUAGACCAGCCUGCAUCUCCUAGAUCAGCCCCAGUGGCUAAUUUCUGCCCUGGCUCCCGUAGACAUGAUCUGGGUCACAGAAAGACUUUACCGCACUGAGGAACAGAUGAACGGGACCAUGUACCUGAACACUGAAGAUGGGUUGUGGACGGAUCUUCCAGGAUGACAACGACCAAAAAUAUAUGGCCAAGGCAACAAAGGAGUGGCACCAGAAGAAGCACAUUAAGAUCCUGGUGGCCAAAACAAUAGUUAGGAGGUCUGGGAUAGUUUGAAAUCCGUUACUUUUAACUUUAAUUACUUUUAAGAAAACUACAAUGACAAAAUAUAGGACUGGACAAACAGACAUUUUUAUUUAACUGAGUCACAAAACAAAGCAGGUGCAUUUUGAAAUGUAUUAUAAUAUUGCAUGCUUGACCUAAGCAUGAUGCUCUUAACUGUUAAACUUUUUUCCACAAAUUGAAACAACAGACUAAAUAGAUGCUCGUAUCACAAGUUUUGAUAGAAGUCUUAUGCAGCAAUCGUAUCUUGAUCUGACAAACAUGAAGUAAAUUUGAUCAAAUGUACAAUACUACAGCUUCUGCUUGGACAUUAACACUGCAGCAGUUGUAACGACAAAUCAGAUCAAUUUAAAAUAUUGUUUUAAUCUCUUACAAGAUCUCAUGACACCCCAACUGGCUACAGUAAAAGAUGUGAUACCAUCAGGGAGAGGAAUAAAGAAAACAACCUCAACACCCUCUUCAGCAGCUUUAAAUCCGCAUUUCUAACCUGUCUUCCCAAUCGCCUACCCACGCAUACACACCCUGCAACACUGCUGAUCACGUCAAGAGAAAGCUGAGGAGACUUAUCCCAAGGAAGUGGUUGGCCCUGACGGAAGGUCCUUAACCAAAUGUUCAGGAACUUUUAGUUCAUGGUAACUGUAGUUCCUGGAACUAAAAUGUUCCUGAGACCCACCGUGUUUUGCAUUUGUACAGCAGAUAGGUCCCCAGAAUAUUUAUGUAAAUCAGGUUGAUGACGAAGCAACAUGCUUGAUUGGGAUGAACUACUAAACACAACACCUGCCAUUCAAUGUAAUAAUAGUUGUGAGUCAUUAAUACUACACAAUUUAUAGAUUAUAAUAAAUGCAGUAGUACAUUUUAGGAUUACACAUGUCUACAAGAAUAGCCAAAAGAUCCUCUUUGGCUGACUGAGGGGAAAACCAUUAGCACAGUGGUGGGAUCUUCUGGCUUAUAUAGCCCGGUCUAAAAUAAUUUUUUCUUAAAAUUAGACGUUGACACUAUUUGCUGUUCUUUUUUGUUGUUUUUGUAAUGAUAUAUGAUCUUUAUUCUUAUGUAUAUAUGUAUGCUGUUUUUUUUAAUGAUAAAAUUAUUUUACAAAGAAAAUAGAAAAAGUAAUCUUGAAUAUGUAUCAAAACUGUUCAUAAUAUUUUAUCAUUGCGAUUGCCUUGCGUAUGCAAGAUCUAAAUGAUCAAACCAUGUUUAAUCCUGAUCUGAUCUAGAUGACUGAAAUUCAGUUAAGCUUCGAGGUCCCUUUUGGCCUUGUGAAUUUAUUCGAGAGGCUGGUUGACAGACCAAAUCUGUGGCUGACAAGUAAGCGAACCAUGGGCAGAAGUCACUUCCUUUAUUGCCUUCUCUUAUGGGGUAAUGCAUUUGAUAAUCACUUCUGCUCACUCUCAGAAGCAAAAGGCCAUAACUCCAUGGACUGAUGGUUCACUGAUUGUCUCCUCUGGCACAGACUGAGUGGCCACAUUACUGAAAAUACAACGUAUGCUACCUUCGAGUAUUACAUUGCAAAAGAGGAGAACCACAGUUCAUGUGUCAAUAAUCCAUCAAGCCAUUCAUUUCCUACCACUUAUCCUGUCCAAGGUCGCAGGGAGCUGGCGCCUAGCACCCAGCUGACUUUGGGCCAAAGCCAAACUACACCCUGGACUGAUCACCAGUCAAUCACAGGGCACAUGUGGAGACAGACAACCGUCUACAUUAACAAGGAAGGAAUAGAACACGGGAGCAUAUACUAGAAGAGACUAGAACAUCAGUCUGGGAUCAACAAAUUCGGGUGAUACUGACGAGUUCAUCACAGGCCGGAUGGUUCUGUCACAAUUUUUGGACAAAGAAGAAGACCCAGUGCACAACUCAGACAUGUACUCAACAUUUGAAAGUUCACAUACAUUGGAACCCCAGUUAGCGUACGACCCGGUUAGCAUUUUGCCUCGGUUUGUGUACAUUUUCUGGUUAGCGUACAAUAUGGCACACAUCUUGUUGUGUUAUUGAUAUAUUGCGUGAGUCCAUCUGUGCUUGUAAUGUAUUUUUAAACCGGAAACGGAAGUCAUUGCCCCCCAGGUCUGUCGCCCGUCUAUGAUGUAAUCAGCGGUUGACUCUGUAGUUCUUUGCUAACACAGUUACACAAGUCUUUGCUUUUCUUUUGACCACAGAUGUAAAGUAACCCACAAUAAAGCCAAAGAAAGUUGUAAGUCUCAGCAUUUUGAUGAAUAAGGUUAAAUGCUAUUGAAUUCGGGAAAUAAUUUGUAGGAAAAUAC